ACUUUUCUAGCAAGUGCGUCAUUCACUAUGAACAUGGCGGGUACAGUGGCAAAGAAGUGCAUCGCUCCUCUCGUUUUAGUCAACAGAAGACUUUCUGCUCCAGAAUUUAUUAUUCAGUCUUCCUAUCACAAGAAGGUGGUAGACCACUAUGAGAACCCAAGAAAUGUUGGGUCCUUGGACAAGAACUCCAGGAAAGUGGGGACAGGUUUGGUGGGUGCCCCUGCGUGUGGUGAUGUCAUGAAGCUCCAGAUUGAGGUGGACGACCAGGGGAAGAUUGUGGAUGCGAGGUUCAAGACGUUCGGCUGUGGCUCUGCCAUUGCCUCCAGCUCCCUGGCGACGGAGUGGGUGAAGGGUAAAUCUGUUGAUGAAGCCCUGACGAUUAAGAACACGGAUAUCGCUAAGGAGCUCUGUCUUCCUCCAGUCAAACUCCACUGUUCUAUGCUGGCUGAAGAUGCCAUCAAAGCCGCCCUGGCUGACUACCGUCUCAAACAGAAGGACGACCAGAAGGAGGCCAUCAAAGCCAGCAACUAGAGCCUUUCCUCCUCCUGUCCUGGACAACUCCUCCACUUCCUGUAGUGCAUCUCCUCUACUUCCUGUAUGCUACUACAGGGGACAUGGAGUCCCCCCCACAUCACCUCCAGUAUAGCUAAUGCCGGGGCACCUCCCUGAGUCCAGGACACCCUCAGGCCUACUUAGACAAGGCUUCUCACCAGGCCCUGUUACAGAGACCCUUUCUCUAGCCUGUCACAUUAACGCACAACGUAAACACGGAUCGGUGUCAUUGGUACAAGUUCAGCCUUAUUUGCAGUGAGAAAUAUAGAUCCCGAGCGUAGGAGAGUUAGGCUUGGUGUUUUGUUCUUUUUACAGUAUUGAAUAUUUGUCAUGAAGUGGUCAUGCUUGAAGCAGAGGUCGAGUUAUUGAUCAUGACCUUUUAAGGUUGUCUUGUCCAAUCAACGUCCAUGAAACGUAUUGUUUUGAAGAUUAUUAUGGAAAGCUAUGCAGUGUAUGUCAGAUGCUUGCAAACUAUCCAAAUGUUUAUUGAUUUGUUUGUGGUAGUAUUUCAGACAUGCUUCCUGAUCAUAUCUCAAUAAAAUAUACUCAGUAACA